CUCGGUGGGUUUAAGGACGCCGAACAGAAUGAAGGCAUAAGCAGCGUGGGGCCUAAUUUAGGGGAGCAAGUAUUACUGGGUAAUGGCUGUAUCAAACUUGAUCCGGACCUUUGGGUCCCUGCUGCUGUCUUCAAGCCCUCGCCUCUCACAGAUUCCAGCAUCUCCCAAGCCCAUUUGCCUCGCUAGCCAAAUCUGUGCAUACCGUGAGUUCAGUGAUAGUAUUCCGUGGAGUCGCAAUCCAAUGUGGAAAUGCAGGGUAAAGUACACAGUCAGGCCCAUUCCCAUAAAAAAGACAGGAGGCCGAGAUCACACAGGUCGUAUCCGUGUCCAUGGAAUUGGAGGAGGGCAUAAGCAAAAUUACCGCCUGAUUGAUUUCCGAAGACUGAACCACCCAGAAGGAGAACAGUCCAGCCCGUUUGAAGAGAAAGUGGUUGAGGUCCGGUAUGAUCCAUGCAGAUCAGCUGACAUAGCUAUGGUGGCUGGAGGGAAGCGAAAACGCUGGAUCAUUGCGACAGAAAACAUGGAGAAAGGUGACAUUAUUAAAACCUCAGGACAAAUAGGCAGGAUGGCAGUCUUGGCUAAUGAAGGAGAUGCAUAUCCUGUUGGGGCUCUACCGAUAGGGACCCUAAUAAACAACUUGGAAAGCCAUCCUGGGAAAGGAGCACAGUAUAUCCGAGCAGCAGGCACCUGUGGCGUGUUACUAAGGAAAGUGAACAAAACAGCCAUAAUACAGUUGCCCUCCAAGAGGCAAAUGCAGGUUCUGGAAACUUGCAUGUGUACAGUGGGACGAGUUUCCAAUGUCGACCACAACAAACGGAUCAUUGGGAAAGCUGGCCGGAACCGGUGGUUAGGAAAGCGGCCCAGAAGCGGCCUGUGGCAGCGCAAAGGGGGGUGGGCGGGACGCAAGAUCAGACCCCUCCCACCCAUGAAAAGCUACGUGAACCUGCCAACGCCAUCUUCCCGCAACUGAUGUUUGGGCCCCUCCUAUCUGUGGGUGUCCAGGAUUUCUUGAAUAAAAGCCUAACUGUCUGGCCUGCA